AAAAAGUGCAUGGUGAAAAACAAUAAUUGCACGCAAUAUAAGACAUAUACAGGCAAUAUACAGCACAUCAGCAGAAUCCCAACAUGACUGUGACCAAUCGGAUGGAAAUUGAGACGGCCUACCAGAAAGGCGAAGGCUUCCGCUCCUAUUAUAUCCAAAAGAUUGAGGAAUUGCAGCUGAUUGUGGCCGAAAAGAGCCAGAAUCUAAGACGUUUGCAAGCCCAGCGCAACGAACUCAAUGCCAAAGUUCGCAUGCUGCGCGAGGAACUGCAGCUGCUGCAGGAGCAGGGCAGCUAUGUGGGCGAGGUGGUGAAGCCCAUGGACAAGAAGAAGGUAUUGGUUAAGGUCCAUCCCGAGGGCAAGUUUGUGGUGGACUUGGACAAGAAUAUUGACAUCAAUGAUGUGACCCCCAAUUGUCGUGUGGCCCUGCGCAACGAGAGCUACACCCUGCACAAGAUUCUGCCCAAUAAAGUGGACCCUCUGGUGUCGCUCAUGAUGGUCGAGAAGGUACCGGAUUCCACCUACGAAAUGGUCGGAGGCCUGGACAAGCAGAUCAAGGAAAUCAAAGAGGUUAUCGAGCUGCCCGUCAAGCAUCCGGAGCUGUUCGACGCUUUGGGCAUUGCCCAGCCAAAGGGUGUGCUCCUCUAUGGCCCGCCUGGUACUGGCAAGACCCUGCUGGCCCGUGCCGUCGCCCAUCACACCGAAUGCACGUUCAUUCGUGUCUCGGGCUCAGAGCUGGUGCAGAAGUUCAUCGGUGAGGGGUCGCGCAUGGUGCGCGAGCUGUUCGUGAUGGCCCGUGAGCAUGCACCAUCCAUCAUCUUCAUGGACGAAAUCGAUUCGAUUGGUUCCUCCCGCAUCGAGUCCGGCUCCGGCGGUGAUUCCGAGGUGCAGCGCACCAUGUUGGAGCUGCUCAAUCAGCUGGAUGGCUUCGAGGCCACCAAGAAUAUCAAAGUGAUUAUGGCCACCAAUCGCAUUGACAUUCUGGAUCCGGCUCUCCUGCGUCCAGGCCGUAUUGAUCGCAAGAUUGAGUUCCCGCCACCGAACGAGGAGGCCCGCCUAGACAUCCUCAAGAUUCACUCGCGGAAAAUGAAUCUGACGCGAGGCAUUAAUCUGCGCAAGAUCGCCGAACUCAUGCCUGGUGCCUCUGGGGCGGAGGUCAAGGGUGUCUGCACCGAAGCGGGCAUGUAUGCCCUGCGCGAGCGACGUGUCCAUGUCACCCAGGAGGACUUUGAGAUGGCCGUGGCCAAGGUGAUGCAGAAGGACUCUGAGAAGAACAUGUCCAUCAAGAAGCUGUGGAAGUAGAUCGUAAACGUAACCCUUAUUUUUUGUCAUUAAAAAUCACCCAAGUAACA